AUGCUUUGGGACCCUGGGUCUGAUGAAAAGGAUGGGGAUGGAGACCCGAAAAAAACUCCUGUUACUCCUAUUUUGGUUCCAUUGCAAAAUAAUCCAUCAGGAGGAGAAAAAAGUGUACCUCUUUUAAUUCCCGAUGUUCAAGAUUUAAAAGAUCAAUUUCAACACCAGCAAAAUGUUUUAACACAAAUAAAGGAAACAUUAAAACAAAAUGAAACACAGUUAACAUCUAAAGAAAAACAAGUCGAGGUUUAUGCGAAUAAACUAUCACAAAUAAGGGCUAGAACCAAGAAUUCUCAAGUUAAAAAAAAUACAUCAUCAGGAGGUAGUAAUUCAACAUCUAAAGGUCUAGUCAAAGGAUCAUCUAAAGAAAAUAUAUCAAAAAUCGAAAGCGGAGGAAAUAAUGAAAAUCCUAAAAUCGGUAGGAGAGGAAAAGUUUCAGAAUUGAAAAAAUGUCUAGAGGAAAACAAAAUUAAAUUUGAACAAAGAACGGGUAAGGAACAAACGGAAACUAAAAAAAUAGAAAGUUUGGUAGAACAGUUAAAAGCUCAACUUGAUGAAAGGGAUAAAACGAUACAACAUUUACAAAAAGAUAUAGAAAGACCUCCAAUCAAACAUGAGAUUUCGAAAAAAAAUAAAAAACUCGAUAGAGAUUUUGUGGCCUCAAAAUCAACGCAAACAAGUUCACCUUCCGACGAAUCAUCCGAAAUGUUUGCAUUACAAAAUAAAAUCCACGAAUUGGAAGCAAACGUUUUAGAUUUAGAAGAAAAUAUUAAAGAAAAAGAAUCUGUGAUCGAAGCUCGCACUCAAGCUGUUGCUUUACUUUCCAAAGAUUUAAGUUUAAAGGGGAAAAACACGUUGGAAAAUCUCGAGGAAACCAGGCAGGAAAUGAGAAACAUGCAAAAAAAUUUCAUAGAGAUAGAAGAUCGUUUAAAAAAUGAUUUAUCGGAAAGGGAUAACAGAAUAAUCGAAUUGGAAGAAAAAUUAAUGGAUUUGAAAGACAAAAAUACCAAAUUAGAAUCGGAUAUUAAAUCAAGCGAAACAAAUUCGAGGAGUGAAAAUUUCGGGAGUGGAGAAUUUUCCGAAGAAUUAGAAAAUAAAAUAAAAGUUUUAACGAAAGAAUUAGACGAUAGAAAUAAAUCAAUGAUAAAAAUGAAAUUAGAACAUAGGAAUAAAAUAAAGGAAAUGAAUAAAUCGAUGGAAACGUUACAAAAUACAUCAGAUGAUAAGGCUGAAAUUAUAAGAUUAAAUAAAUUGUUGGAUGAUUUGAGAAAUGAAAAAAUCGUAUUAGAAAAUCGCGUUGCAGAACUGGAGGAUGAGAAAGGUAAUCUUCUACUUACAAUAUUAGAUGUUGAUGAUUUCAAAGUUACGGAGAAGAAUUUAAAUGAGAAAAUUACCGAAUUGGAAAUGAUUAUAAAAAAACAAAACGAAGAUUUAAGCGUGCGCGUGAGUAAAAUAUCAGAUUUGGAAAAAGAAAAUGCGGAUUUGAUAAAAGCGUACCAAGAUCAAAACAUAACGAUAGAAGAUUUAUAUUCGAAAAUGGUCGGUUUCAAUGGCGGUCAGGACGAAAUGAAAACGGAUGAUAACGAAGAGAAAAUAAAAGAAUUGGAGGAAAAAUUGAAAGUCGCGAAAUCUGAAUACGUUGAAAAAUUGGAAAAUUUAAAAUUAGAACACGGUAAAGAAAUUGAAAUGUUGGAAUGUUAUUACAAUAGGAAAAUGGAAAAUACAGACAGGAAAGAAUUAGAAGAAUACAGGAUAUCGACGGAGAUAAAUAACAUACACGUCGAAGAGCAAAUUGAAUUGUUGAUACGUGAGAAACAACAGCUUUUGGAUAAAUUGAAAAAGCUUUCCGGUGGCGCGGCAUCAUCAUCAUCUGAUUCAUUGGCAUUUGAAAAAAUGGAACAUUUUGAUUUGAGAAACGAAAAAGAACUCGGCGAUGACGUUUUGAAACAAUUUUCCGACGAGGAAAAUAAAUUAUCUCAUCUUCAAAGAAUAGUUAACGAUCAGCAAAAUUUAAUUGGAGAAUUGCAAACGGCUGUUGAAGCGGAAAAAGAAAAAGCAUUUAAUUACCAAAAAAAAAUUAAAGAAUUAGAAGAAACCAUCGGUGAACUCGACAGGGUGAAAAGUUCAGUCAAGGAGGGAUUCAAUUCGUUGGCUGGUGAACCAUCGAAAAAUCAAAAAUCCAACGUCAACGCCAAGAAUAAGAUAAAGAAAAUAGAAAUGCAAUUGAUGGAAGCCAAAAAGUCGCUCGAAUUACAAAAUGAAAAAAUGAAGGAUUUAAAUCAGAAAUUGGAGGAAAAAGACGAACUCAUAAAAAGGUACACGGAACGUAUCGAAACGUUCGAAAAAGACGAUUGGGAUCGUGAGAAUCAUUGGGAAAACGCGGGAGACGAUAUUGAAAACGUUCAAGAACUUCAGAAAAAAUGUUUGAGUUUGGAAAACAGUUUGAUAGAACUCAACGAGCACUGUGAAAAACUGCGGAAAGAAAAUAUCGAAGUCGUUCACCUUUUGUCCGAGGAAAAGGUUAAAAGGAAAAAAUUAUUGGAAGAAUUCAAAAGAAAGGCUGAUGAGAGCGGUGGGAAAAAUAACGAGAGCGAAUUUGACGUGGCCGACGUCGAAUGUAAAAUGAAUUAUUUAAGCGAACUCAUUGCCGAUUUGGAAAAUAAAGUCGAAAGAGUGGAAAAAGCUGCUUCGGAUAAAUUGUCGAGAAAUGUCGAACCGUCGGAAACCGACAACGUGAAAGAAAGAACGGAUGAAGGAACCGAACUGGAGAAAAAAUUCGAAUGGGCAAACGUUUUGCUCGCGAGCAAAGAAACCGAAAUAUUCAGGCUACAAAAUUUACUGGAAGACCGUUCGAAAGCCAACGAGAUAUUAGAUGGCGACAAUAAAGAAUACAAAUUGAAAUUAUCGGAAACGGUGAAAAAAUUAGAAAAUUCUCUAGACUCGAUAAGAGCAAAAGAUGUUCAGCUGAAUGAAUUUUCAUCGAAAUUCGACAUGUUGCAAAAUUUUGCAAACGACGCGGGGAAAAAACUCACGGAAAAUGAAAAUCACGUGCAAAAAUUAUUGGCCACAAUCAAAAAAAUGGAAGAUGAUAUGGAUAAAAAGGAAAAGGAACUUGAAAAUAUAACGGGUACGUUAGCUCAGAAAAAUGUGGACAUUGCAGAAUUGAAAAGUCGUUUGGAAGAAGUAAAUACGAAUUUGACUCACGGUUAUCAAGAUCAUUUGGAAAAUAUGGGAAAAUGUCUCAGAGACAAAGAAGCCGAGUAUAACGCUUUGCUGUCGGAAAAACAAGAUUUAGAAAAUAGCAUCAAAACUUUAAUCGUCGACAAAAAAGAAAUUCACGAUUUGUACUCUCAAAUGGCGAGCGAAAAGGAAAAUUUACAAAAGUCUUUGUCGGAAAAAGAAUCACUCAUAUCGGAACUGAAUGAAAAAUUGAAAAAGUUUGAGGGAGGUGAAAAACCUCGCGGACAGGAAAUAUCAGAUUUAAAAAUUAAAAUGAAAAAAUUGGCGGCAAAUUUAAAGAAGAAAGCUCAAAGCGAAUCGGAUUUGCAAAAACAAGUGAAGGAAUUGGAAUCCCGACUGUCGGAAAAAGAUGAUUGCGUGGAAAAACUAAAAGGAGACGUAAAUGAAAUGAUGGAAAAGUGGAAUUUUGAAAAAACGGAAAAGGAACAAAUUCACGUCGUUCUCGGGGAAACGGUUACGGAAAAAGGUUGUCUAGAAAGCGAAUUGUCCGCACUGAAAGAUAAAUUUAACGAUUUGGAAAAAGAAUUGGAGAGUAAUAGGUUGAUGCACGAGGGACAGGUCAAACAAUUGGAAGACGAAAUACAAAAAACUUACAAGAUUUGCAACGAGUUACAAAUGGUGGAACAACAAUACAAAGAUAAACUGUUAGACAUCGAAGCGAAAUACAGUGAAUUGUUUCAAGCACAGCAAAACUCUUCGGCGACGGUUAAAAAAAAAGAAAUGGAGUUCAACGAGGAGAGAAAAGCUUUGUUGCAAAAUUUGGCCGACGUGACGAACAAAUUGGAGGAAAUGAAGUUUAAAUACAACGAAGCACUUAUCGAAAAAUCGGAUUUGGAAGUGCAAUUGGAGGAACUUAAAAGGUUUCAAGAUGGGACGGAAAAUUCGUCGGAAAAAUCAGGUUUCGAUGCGAAAUUGCAAGAAAACCUUGCCGUCAUUGAAAAUUUAGAAACGGAAUUGAAUAAGUCUCAGGAUCAAUUGAAAUACGUCGAAGAAAAAUUAUUCGUUUCGGAAGAGAGACGAGUCUCUCUCGAAACGAAAAAUGAAGAAAUGUUUAGAAAAAUAACGGAAGAUUCUCAAAAUCUCAUCACGAUCGAUGAUUUGGCAAACAGAGUCGAUGCUUUAUUGAAAUCCGAAAAAGAUUUGUUAAAUUCUGUCAAGACUUUGGAAACGGGAAAUGCCGAACUCAAACAAUUACUAACGGAAACGCAAGAGGAAAAACAUAAUUUGGAAAGAGAAGUCAAAGGUUUGUUGGAAAAAAGUGUCGAAACGGCAUCGGAAAUAGAAAUGCUGAGAGAAAUGGAUGUCGAAAAAACGGAACUCGUUAAUUCUCUCACCAAAGACUUGGAAAAAACAAAAAUGGAAAACAAACAAAUUUCCGCGGAAUUUAAAAAACUCAAUUCCGACUACGAGCAAUUCGAAAUCGAUUUCAAAGAAAGUCUCGAAAAUUCUCAAAAUUUAGAAAAAUCGUUGAAACACGAAAUCGAAGAACUCGCGAGCGUGAAUGCCGGAUUGUUGGAAAAGCUCAACAAUAUGUUAUCCGAAGAUAAAAAUCGUAAUGAGGAAAAAGCGGAAGACGUUGCUGUUUCCGACGAAGACAAAAAGAAGAAAAAGCGGAAAUCCGUAACGUUCCGAACUGACGAGGUGGAAUAUAUAAAAGAGUUGAAAAGUCAGUUGCACGACUACGAUGCCAACCUUAAAAAAGCGAAUAAAGAAAUAGAAAAUUUGAAAGCGAAACUCAACGAAGAAAAAAUAAAAGAGGAAAUGGUUCGCGAAGUCUCGGAAAGUAGGAAAAUGGAUCCGAAUAAAAUUCCCACUCCCGUCAUUGAGCCGCUCAUCGAAAAAGCGGAAAUCAAAACGAUAUCCGGGCAAAAAUCCAACGAAGGAGAACGGAAAUUCGAUGCGAAUUUGUUUUUCGGAGCGCCGCAAAAUGAAAAUUUCGAAGAGAAUUCGUUUUUUACGGAUGCGGGUAAAGCUUCCUUCGAUGAACCCACUCAAAGUUGUUCGGAUUUCGAAUCGUUGGUGUGGGACGAUAGCUGGGGAACCGACGGACAAUUGGAAGAAGAGUAUUUAUCAUCGAAAAUGACGGAAUCGUCCGCUGCGCAACCCAAAGAAGACAUCGUGUUCGAGUAUAAGGAAAGGAUAAAAACGUUAGAAUCGGAAAUGGAAUCAUCGAGAAAAGAAAUCGAAAGGUUGUCGAACGAACUUCAAGAACAGCAAGGAAAAUACGCAAAAGCAUUGAAAAAAUUAAAAGAACAAAGAAUCGUUACGGAAAAAUUGCAGAAAGAAAUAAAACAAUUGAAAAACAAUACAAGUUUGGAAGAUUUAGAUGCGGCCAUUGUGGACGAAUUAAAAUCACAAAUCGAAAGCAAAGAGAAAAAGGAACGGGAGUUAUUGAAAACAAUAGAAAAUUAUAAAACGGAAAAGGAAUCUCUUUUGAAAAGGAUCGACAGUCUCAGUGUUAAAAACCUGGAAAUGAAAGAAAGGCAAGACACGGGAGUCGAGUAUUGGCAACAGAAAAAUAACGAACUUUUGUCCGAGAUUUCAACAUUGCGACAAAAUUUAAAUGAAAAUUCUCUCGCGAAAGAAAACAAAGAACUUUUGAACAAGAUCGAAGCUCUCGAAAGGAAAUUGUCGAAUUCGUCCGAAUCUAAAGAAAUACCCUUUUCGGAAACUUCGAAUGCCGAACCUUUUGCGAUGGACGUUCAAAAAGUCAUCGAAGAAAAAUCAGCACUGCAAAAAGAAAUAGAAGAAUUAAACAACGUGAAAGAUUUACUCCAGAAAAAAUUAUUCGACGAAGAAACUAGAAAUUCAUCCGCCAUCGGUGAACUUAACGAUCAGUUGAACGCUCUCGCGACGGAAAAUGAAACACUGCAGGAAAUACUCGGAGAAAUGAAAAAAACCGUCGAGGCGUCGAAAAAGGAGAAAGAGAAAGAAAAAAAAUCGAACAUUUUUGAUUAUUUUAAAUCCUCGUCGAACGACGACGAACUAUUUCCUGUUGUUCCCAACGAGCCUACCGUGCAAAAUGAACCCGUGAGUAAAAACGAUGAUGGGGAAAUCGAAGAACUCAAGAAAAAAUUAUGCGAAUUGGAAAAUGUGACGAAAUUAAAAGACGAAGAAUUGAAUGCAAAAAGUCAUAAAAUAAGCGAACUCGAAAAUUCCCUGAGAGAAAUGGACGGUUUGCGACAGAAAAUCAAAGAUUUGGAUGAGUUGGUCAAGAUGAAAGAAAACGACGUGAAAGAAAUGUCGGAAAAGAAUUUUGUUAAAGACAAAGAAGUGGAAGAAUGGAGGGAAAAAUUAAACUUGCUUCAAUCUCAAUACGAAAACGAAAUAAGAAAUUUGAAAAAGGAUUUGGAAGAAGGGAAAAACGUGCUGGGUUUGAGAGAAGAGGAAUUGUCGUGUUUGAAAAAUCACUUACUCGAAAUGGAUAGACAAAUGAUGCAAAGGGUCGAAGCGGAAAAGGUUCAACGGAAAGAAUCGUUGAACGAAUUCGAUACGAUCGACCUGAACGAGAAAACGGAAACGAUGCCGGCAGAACCGCAAGAUCACCCGGAAAUAUUGAAGAGUAAAAUUUUAGAAUUGGAAAAUUUGCUACACUUGAAAGAAAACGAAUUGAUCAAUUUGCAAUUGAGCAUUUCGAAUCAAAACGACAAAAAGAACGAAAUGGACGCCUUGGUGCAAAAGAAUAUAGAAUUGGAAAAUUAUUUGAAAAUGGCGGAGGAAGAAUUGAAUCAGUUGAGGUCUCUCGCUUGGAAUCAACAAGAAACGGCAGAACUCAAAGGAAAAGUGGAAGAAUUGGAGAAAAUUUUACGAUUCAAGGAAGAGGAAUUUUUUCACUUUGAGGCGGGGAAAAAUCGAGAGAUCGAAGGGCUCAACAUGAGCAUACGAGAUUUGGAAAACAUGCUCAAGGGAAAAGACGUUCAAAUGGAAAAUUUGCAAAAAACGAUUUCGGAAUUGGAAAACGUCGCGGCGAUGGAGAAAAAUAAUUCCGAAAGUAAGGAAGAAGUGGAAAAUCUAAAGCAGAAAAUAAUUGAAUUGGAAAAUUUGGUGUCGGCGAAAAACGGUGAAAUUAACGAGUUGAUGACGAAGAUAAACGAAUUGGAAAAAAGUUACAACGAUUCGAAAAUAGAAAUCGAAAGGUUGUUGAACGAGGAAAAACUCAACACGGAGGAAAAAUUCGUCGAACCUUUUCAAAAAAAUAUUCAAAUCCCCGUCGCGUUCGAACUCGAAGCCAUUUCGAGGUCUCUGGAAGAGGAAAAACAAAAAUCUGGAAAUUUGCUCUACGAAUUAGCGGAGAAAGACAAAACGAUACAGGAAAAAAUGAACGACAUACAAAUUUUGACGGAGAAAAUAAUGAAUAUGGAAAAUCGUAUGAAGGGUUUAGAGGAUGCGGAAAAUCGGGAAAAGGUAAAAGCGACGAGCGAAUCCCUCGAAAUGAAAGCUCAACUCGAGAAAAUAAUAAUGGAUCUCCAAAAGGAAUUGGAAUGCAUCAAUUUGGAAUUCGGGGAAACGAAGCGUGAGUUGGAAAAAUAUCAGAAUUCGAAAGACGAAGAUUUGACGAAUUUAAAAAGUCAAAUAUUGAAAUUGGAAACGGAAUCGGUGGAAAGCGCGAAAAGAAAAGACUCGGAAAUACUCGAAAUAAAAAACGAACUCAUGGAAAAGGCCAACUUGUGCGAGUCACUUUUGGAAACGAACAAGGAAAACGAAACGAACAUGAUGGAAAAAAUUGCGGAAUUGGAAAAUUCGAAAGGGAUCAUAGAACGAGAAUUUGAAAAAUUACAAUUCGAAUACGCGAGAAAGGAAAACGAAAUACUCGCGCUCACGCAAACUGUAAACGAGGAAAGAGCACGAUUGAGUCAGGUGACGGCCAUAUUGGAAGAAAAAGAACUCGAAGUGACGGAUUUGAAACAGACUCUCACUCACCUGCAAGAAGAAAUCGGACAUUUUAGAAAUUUCGAGAAACAAGUCAAAGAAUUGCGAAUUGCUCAAAUCCAAGAGGAUGCCAAAACGGAAGCUUCGGUCACUUCGGAAGGUGAUCCCGACUACAGCGAUUGGACCGAACACGAACUUGCCGAAUUAAGCACGAGACUUCAAAGCGAUCUCGACACGGCACUGUACAUGCUGCAUCAGAGAGACGUUCGUUGCGACGAACUGACGUUCGAAUUAAUGCAGCUCAUCGAAGAAAGAGACACGUUACAAUUGCGAUUAUCGACCGCUUUAAGAGCAAACGAAGAAUUAAGAUGUCUGACGAAACCCGAAGGAUUCGGUUCGAGUCAGAAUUUGCAAAGGAGUAAAGAUAUCGUCGAUCAAUCGAACGACAGACAACAAGAGCAACAACAACAGGGUGGUGUAAAGGUACCGAGCGAAGACCUUCGACAGCUAGCUAAUAAGUGA